GAAUUGAAAAACUUCCGCUUACAAGAGAACCGAAUAUUAUCUAGUUCGUCAGACUGAAAUUAACAGCUCAACUAAACCUUGAGAAUUUUGUGUCUUAAAUUAAAUGUCACUUUCUCUCUAUGUAAAUGUAGAAAACCACUUCUAUAUAUGAUUGCAGUUUUCUCUCUCUCUAAACAUACCUGGGAUUAUUUUUUCUUGGAGAAUCAAAGAUCACUACGAAUAAUUCAUUUUGAUCAGGCUUGUGAUUACUUAUCCCAUGUAUCUUCCACCAAAAUUUUUGAUCUUGGCUUAGAAGAGAGGGAAAGGAGAUAGGGGGUAUUUAACUGUUUUAUUGGGUUUGGGGGGUUCUCUUUUAUCUAGUUAGUAAACCGACAUGCAUAUGAUGGGUAUAGAAAGAAUUUUGAGUUCUGAACAUGAUCACCUAAAACAAGAAAACUCAACCGCAGAUAGCUUUGUCGUAGAUAUUGACAACUUAUCUCAAGUCACUCUUCAUGAUAUUGAUCAUCAUCAUCAACAUCAUAGAGAUAUCAAUACUCCUCCAAAUUCAAAUACUAAUUUUCAGAGAAGCCUUUCCAGAAAAGUGUCAUCCCAGCGUGGUGUUGGUAAUGGUGGUGGUGGUGGUGGUGCAGAAAAUGAAUCAUCAAAUAAAGAAAUUGGUUUUGUCAACGGAGACGUAUGUGUAUCUGCAAAUAAAUUGAUGAGCACCUUCGUUGAUCUUCCACAAGUAGUGAUGGCUAGUAAUGUUAGUAGUAGCGUUGAGACCACACAAAAUAUGAUAAAUAUCAACGUUAACCAAAAAAUGGUCACGGUUGCUGCAGCCGAAAGCAAUAACAAUAGCAAGUUGAUGAAGAAAAGAUCACAUUCUAAGCAUCAUAAUCAGAUGAAGUCAUCUUCACAACCUCGGAAUUGGAUGAUGGAUCCGAGAAGGAUACUUUUUUUCUUUGCUUCCUUGUCAAGCAUGGGAACAAUAAUACUGAUAUACUUUACACUCUCGAUCGGGAAAUUCAGUGGCGACGUGAGCGAUGCUUGACUACCACUAUGAGUUACAACCUUGUCUUCGAUUAUCAAAGGGGAAAAUGUGUCCGGUUGUCAGAACAACUCACUUUAUCAUAGUGGAGAGGACAUGCGAAGGGCUGAAGGUACUGCUAGUUUUGUUUAUACCAUGAUAUAGCCAAAUAAUGUGGACGGUAUAUGGUAGCAAACUAGAUUUAGGUAGAUGUUUAGGUUGUACAACUUUUCCAUCUAUGGAGAUUGAUGAUCAUGUAGUCAGAAAAGCAUGCUGCCUUUGCCUUCUUUUAAAACAACCAAAUGGGGCCAAGGUCUAACGCUGAUCAUAUCAUAGAUUUGAUUCCUGUGUACCACUUCUUGUUUUUUUUAUUUUGGAUGUGUUAUUAGAACUGCACAUUACUUCGUUUUAAUAGAGAGACUGAUCGAGAUGAUUACAAGUGGAAACGUUCGAGUAUGCAGUAUGGUGAAAAAGACAGAGAGAACACAAGGAAUAUAUAUGUAAAUAGCGAGAAAGAGAGCAAAUACAUAAUGUAAGACGAAGCCAUCAAAGUUAGUGAUGUCAUUUGGUAUACACAGCAGCUUUUUUCUUUUUCUUUUUUUUUGUUAAGAUCUUUUCAAAUGAAAUUGGGAGCUUCUGUUUGUUUUCA